GGAGGUGACGUGAAGGAAAUGUUUCUGCAGAUCCGAAUGCGUCAACCAGAUACCCGUUUUCAAAAGUUUCUUUUCCGACAAGACACUUCUAGAGAUCCCGAUGUGUACAUCAUGAAUGUUGUCAUAUUCGGUGCGAAGUGCUCGCCGUGCAACGCUCACUUCACGAAGGACGCUAAUGCACGGGAACAUACUGGUCAGUUUCCAGCCGCAGCCGAUGCCAUCAUCAAACGACACUAUGUCGAUGAUUAUUUCGAUAGUGCAGACAGCGAAGACGAAGCGAUUCAGCGAGUGCGUGAAGUACGAGAAGUUCACUCGCUUGGGGGGUUCGAGAUCCGUAAUUGGGUGAGUAAUUCACCCAAAGUACUCACAGCGCUGGGAGAGGAAAGUAGGUCCACUAAGGCACUUUGUUACGACAAAUCGACGGAAUCUGCGUGAGUGCUAGGAUUGCUUUGGGAGCCCAAGGAAGACGUGUUCAUCUUCACUAUGGGGCUGAAAGAAAAGUUGACUCCAUACCUUGUGGACGAAAUUCGACCGACCAAACGCAUCAUUCUGCAGUGCGUCAUGAGCUUCUACGACCCUGUAGGAUUCCUCUCUCCUUUACUGGUGCAUGGCAAGAUCAUCAUCCAAGAGACCUGGAGAAGCGGGACGGAGUGUGACGAACCGGUAACGGAUGAAAUCUUUGAAAGGUGGUUAAGCUGGACGAGAGUUCUUCCAAACAUCGAGACGGUGAAAGUUCAACGUUGUUUCUUCGGGGACGAAUUCAUCAAGAACAUAUCUUCUCUUCAGCUACACAUCUUCUGCGACGCCGGAGAUGAUGCCUACGGUUGCGUCGCAUAUCUACGGUAUCAAGUAGCGGAAAAUGUCCGCUGUUCUCUGGUGGGUUCCAAAGCUAAGGUUGCCCCUCUGAAGCUGACUUCAACGCCUCGACUAGAACUGCAAGCAGCGGUAAUCGGGGCAAGGAUGAUGAAUACGUUGCUGGUAACCUUACCGGUUCCGAUUCAGGAGCAAUAUCUGUGGGUCGACUCGACAACGGUUCUCUCGUGGAUUCGAUCAGACAACCGGAAGUACAAACCGUACGUAGCGCAUCGAAUUGCAGAAAUACUAAACACAACGGAGGUCAACACCUGGAGAUACGUUCCAUCCAAGCAGAAUGUGGCAGACGAUAUGACGAAGUGGGGGCCGGGAACAACAUUGGAACCGGAAGGCAGAUGGUUUAACGGACCGUCUUUUCUUCACCAACCGAUGGAUUUGUGGCCGGAGCAACCUCAGAUUAAGUCGACGGUGGCCGAGGAGCUCAGAGCAUGUUAUUUGUUCCAUCAUAUUACUAUCACGCAGCCUAUCAUUGACGUGACUCGCAUUUCAAAAUGGAAGAUUCUUCUGAGGACGGUGGCUGUGGUGUUCCGCUUUAUUUCGAACUGCAGGCGUAGGCGUGCUGGUCUACCAAUCGAAGCUUUGAAAACCGCUGAGGGUAGGAAAUCGUCUGUGCCAGCUGUGCUGGUGGAAAUACAACAGGAAGAGUUGGCGAAAGCGGAACGUUUGCUGUGGCGGAUGGCGCAGGCCGACGCGUUCCCGGACGAAGUUAAGAUUUUGAAGAGGAACAGGGAACUUCCAUUUGAUCAGUGGGUGUGUAUUGAAAGGUCGAGCAAGCUGUGCAAAACUUCGCCAUUUUUGGAUGAUGAGGACGUUAUUCGAAUGGAAGGCAGAACAGCUCCAGCGGUAUUCGCAGCGAUUAGUACAAGAUUCCCGGUCAUACUGCCGAGAAAUCACAUCAUUACAACGAAGCUCUUGGAGGACUUCCACAUUAGGUAUGCACAUGGCUCAAAGGAAACGGUGGUGAACGAAGUGCGGCAAGGGUAUUUCAUUCCGAAACUACGGACAGCAGUUGGCAAGGUCAUCAAUAACUGCUUGAAGUGCCGACUACGUAAAUCCAAACCCAUUUUGCCUCGGAUGGCCCCACUACCCAUUCAGAGGAUGCAACCAUUCGUGCGAGCUUUCAGUUACGUAGGUCUCGACUACUUCGGGCCAAUCGAUGUUACCGUGGGAAGACGCAAGGAAAAACGCUACGUUGCACUUUUCACGUGCCUGGUCGUGCGAGCUGUGCACUGUGAAGUGGCGUACAACCUGAGUACAGAGUCCUGUAAGCACGCCAUAAGGCGGUUCAUCAGUCGACGCGGGUCCCCCGUCGAAUUUUUUUCGGACAAUGGUACGAAUUUCCAGGGGGCUAGUCGAGAAUUACGAGAGAAGUUGGAGAGGAUUGAUCGGGAUUGCGCAAACACUUUUACUGGUACGAAUACGAAGUGGACCUUCAACCCACCAUCUGCUCCACACAUGGGCGGAGUAUGGGAGCGGAUGGUGCGGUCCGUUAAGGAAGCGAUGACGGCUUUGAGCGAUGGACGUAGGAUGACCGACGAGAUAUUAGUCACGACCUUGGCUGAAGCAGAAUUUUUAGUCAACGCGCGUCCGUUGACUUAUUCGGGAACAGAGGACGCCGAAUUGGACAUGAUUACCCCGAACCAUUUCCUGCUCGGGUCUUCUUCAGGACAUCAUCAUCAUUUUCAAGCUCCAAUCUCCGUAGCAGAAGAACUGCGGAGCAGCUACAAGCGGUCCAUGGCGCUAGCGAAUGAAUUCUGGACGAGAUGGUGUAAAGAAUAUCUACCAACAUUGAAUCAGCGAAGCAAGUGGAACGUAGAUGGCAGGUCGGUGAAGGUGGGUGACUUGGUGUUCGUCAUGGAUGACGGAAAAGGUGCUGCAGGUGUUCGUGGCAUAGUUGAGGAAGUUUUCAGUGGCGUCGAUGGACGUAUACGACAAGCUGUAGUUAGAACGAACGGAGGAACUUUUAGACGACCAGUUGCGAAGUUAGCGAUUCUUGAGGUAGGCGAUAAACCUGGGAAUACUUCCUGUAGGCAGCAAGACCAGGGUUUAUGGGCUGGGGAGUGUUCGGACCACCGGGGCUGAACGGUACGGUAUAGAUUCUCCGACGUUUGAUUGUAUUAUAGAAGAAAGGAGAUACGUCAAUCUACAUGACAAUGGUAGCUUAGAAGAUAUGAAAAGACUGAAAUCGUGCUGGUGCAAAUGCAGAUGUGAUUUAUGAUUGCGAAAUUUGAUACUGAAUUAUUGCGGAGGUUUAGUGAAUUGGUGGCACUUAUUUGUAAUUUGCUGAUACUAAGUAGAGUGCAAUUAGGCAUUACGACAAACGUUCAUUGGGCGGUACAACCAGACACCCUUUUUCAUUGUUUCCUUAAGUUGUAAGUUUCUCCUUAACAUUAAUUAUUGAACUAUUCUAAUAUGCUAAUAUGCAACACCCACAGUGGGAUCUUUGAUAGAUAUCGUUUCGAGCUCGUAUAGUGGGAUCGUCUGCAGAAGGAAAAACCAAUGUAAGAUACUUGAUACAUAACCUAGAACAUGCUAGAACACUAAAUAUAUAUACAUUUUUUAGCUUUGAGCGAAUCACCCUAAACCGCUUCAGGGAAGUUUUUUCUACCUACACACGAGUCCGAA